AUGUCUUACAUGGUACAGAAACUACUGGUUCUUUUGCUGGUUGGUCCCGGUUGGUCCUGGUGGCGGAAGGAAACUGGACCAACUACGACCUGCAGCAGCAGCGGUUCAUCAUACUGUGACCGCAGCGACAGAGGCCUCAGCAGUGUUCCUCACGAUCUACCUAAAAGUAUCACUAGCCUUCACUUAGGGCGCAAUGCCAUCACAAGCAUAUCUUCUUCUGACCUCUCCAGCAUUCCGUCCGGAGCAUUCUCUAAUCUACCCAGUCUUUAUUUUUUGACUUUGUUGGGCAACGGCCUGUCCAACAUUCAGACUGGCGCAUUCUCAAAUCUACCCAAACUUGAACGAUUGUACUUGAAUAUCAAUAAUCUAACAAAAAUUCAUCCUGAUUCAUUCUCCAAUCUACGCAAACUCCGAACGUUGGACCUGGGCUCAAAUCAGAUAAGUAACAUUGAUUCUGAUAUGCUCAACAAUUGCCCCAACAAGCCCUAUUGGCUUCGCACCUUCUACUCUGUCUGCUGA